UGCCAAUGAUAACAGUAGUACCCGGCUUCCGGAGUCAUCUAGAGUGAUCCACAGUCUCCUACCACACUCGCAAACCCUAAUUACUUCCACCAAUAAAUCUUCGAAUCAAACACUACACAGAUUGCGUUCGUGUCAUCGCAAAUUCGAUUCCUUGCGAAUUCAGAUCACGAUUGCCGUUAAAUUCAUCCACCAUGGAAGAAUGCUAUUUUCCCGCGAAUUUAAAGCGGAAAGAUCUGGAAGAAGUUAACCAUGAUUUCUCUGACUUCUCGCUCUCUUCUCCGCCCACUAAAAUGCGCCGUCUGGAUGCUGAGUUACCCCAAAUAAUCGAGGAAGAAGAGAUGGCAAAUCCAGUUGCAUUUGGACAACCAGAACCCUCUCAAACAAUCGAUGAUCUGAGUGGUAUUCUCCCUGUGAAUGAAGAGAGGGCAAUUGUUCUCUAUGAUCCCGCCCCGUUAUUGCAAACGCGAUCCCCAUUCACCAUUUCGGUUAAUUCAGACUUCCUUUCUGGGUUUAAAAAUCCAGUCUUCUGGUCGAAUCGAUCGCACCCACUUGAGUACUUGAAUGCCAUAAAAGAAAAACAGGAGAACAGUGAUGAUCAAAACAAUGGAAGUCUAGCUGUUGUACCAUGGGUGCCUAUGCAUUCACAACACCAAUCAAUGGCAGAGGCGGAGAUUCCUCGUACAGAAGAAGUAUCAGAGAUGAUGGAUGCUGAUGACAUGGAAGCCAUGGCCAUGGAUGUUGAAGAUGUUAAUAACUCGCAACGAAUUCACAUCAACGGGCUUGGUUCAGUGAGCGGUGUUGAAGGGGCGAACCAGUGGCAACAACAUUGCAUGAUUCCACAGGCCGCUCAUAGUUUGUCAGCACCAGUUGCUUGGUCAGGUACUGGUGUUUAGAUUGUUUUGUUCUAGAGUUUAGAUUGUACAUAUUAUAUAACAUUUGAAGAAAUUGUGAACAUUCUUGGUUUCAAGAAGCAAAAUCAUCUUCUCAAUUGCUUGA